ACUCCCCAGCUCAACGCUACAGAUUGAGACAGACCUUAUGGAUAAGCUGUUGCAGAGAAGGAAAAUGGCAAACCCUUUAAAAUCCAACUUCAGAUUUAGGUGAACAUAUUCAAGAACUUCUUUUUCCAAUUCAAAAUCCCACUUCUCAUUUGCAGCUAACAACAAAAAGGUAUUUGCUUUUCCACACUUUUUUCUUCAAACUUUUUGUAAAUACAGAUUUUAGUUACAUGGGUUUUCUUAGAUUUCAUUGAGUAAGCUGCAGUUACUGUUUACCGAUUAAAGAUGGCACCUUUUUCUGUAACAUCCACUCAUGGAGCCAUGGGUACUUAUUUUGAUCAAUCAAUGCUUUUAUGUAUUCAAAAUAAUUUUAGAGUUCAUACAAGAAAGACACGAUCUUUAGCAGCUCAAUCUAGUUCAGUGUCUAUGUCUGGUUGUGGUUCAUUAUCUUUGACUUCAUUGGGUUGUUGUUAUUGCUGUUGUAAUUCAAAAUAUGAGUCCUUUUGUAAUAAUAAGAAAAUUAGGUCACAUAUCAACAGGAGCAAUGGUCAAACAAAUUCAGUAAAAUGUGAAACGACUGAUUUGAAGAAACGAUUCUCAUUGAGAUUGCGUCCAAGAUUGCGUCUUUUAUCAAGGAAAUUGAAAAGGGUUUCUUUGAGAGCAAUUUUGAAUGAUUUUGGAAUGUAUGUGAAGAAGAAUAUGAGGAAGCUAACACUCUCUACUGCAAUUUCUGUGGUAUUGGGUUUAUGCUAUUUGUUUCUUAAGUUGACGUCUGUGCCAUCUCCGAAAGUAGUUCCAUACUCGGACUUGAUUUUGAAUCUUCAAAGUGGCUCAGUAUCGAAGGUUCUUUUCGAAGAGGGGUCGCGUCGUAUUUUUUAUAACACGGCUUCUCCAGUUCCAAGUGCGACUCAGUCGGUAGAUGAUGAAUUACUUCCUGCAGAUAGUUUGUCUGAGAGUGUGAGUGAUAGUGUUUUAAAGCCGGAAAAUGUCAAGACUCGUCCGCCGAUGGGUAUGGAAAUGUUGAGAAGAUUUUCAAGUACCAAAGUCUCUACCCCCGUAUGGCAAUACUACACAAGAAAGAUCGACCAUGAUGAGAAUUUCUUACUUACUUUGAUGAGAGAGAAGGGAACCAUAUAUAGCUCAGCCCCUCAAUCAACAUUAACGUCAGUGAGAAACAUCAUGAUAACUAUUUUGACUCUGUGGAUUCCCUUAGCUCCUCUAAUGUGGCUGCUUUACCGUCAAAUUUCAACAUCCAAUAGCCCGGCAAAAAAGCGGCGGCCGAGUAAUCAAACUGUGAACUUUGAUGAUGUGGAGGGUGUUGAUACAGCUAAAACAGAACUUAUGGAGAUUGUUUUGUGCCUACAAGGAGCUAUCAACUACAACAAAUUAGGAGCAAAGUUACCCAGAGGUGUACUUCUCGUGGGACCCCCAGGGACAGGAAAAACAUUACUAGCUCGUGCUGUGGCUGGAGAAGCAGGGGUACCUUUUUUUACAGUCUCUGCUAGUGAAUUUGUGGAGAUGUUUGUUGGAAGAGGAGCAGCACGUAUUAGAGACCUCUUCAGUAUUGCAAGGAAAAGUGCACCAUCGAUCAUUUUUAUUGACGAGCUUGAUGCUGUGGGAGGGAAGCGUGGUAGAAGUUUCAAUGAUGAACGUGACCAAACACUAAAUCAACUUUUGACAGAAAUGGAUGGGUUUGAAACAGAUGCAAAGGUUAUUGUUAUUGCAGCGACUAAUAGACCGGAAGCAUUAGAUCCAGCCCUUUGUCGGCCCGGUCGCUUCUCUAGGAAAGUAUUUGUAGGAGAACCAGAUGAAGAGGGAAGAAGGAAGAUACUAGCCGUGCAUUUGAGGGGAGUUCCUCUAGAGGAAGAUCCAUAUUUGAUAUGCAAUCUGGUUGCAUCUCUGACCCAAGGGUUUGUAGGUGCUGAUCUUGCGAAUAUUGUCAAUGAAGCCGCUUUGCUUGCUGCUCGAAGAGGUGGUGAAGCAGUGGCUAGGGAAGAUAUCAUGCAAGCUAUAGAAAGAGCAAAGUUUGGAAUUAAUGGCAAACAGCUUACUCCAUCUGCAUUAAAAGCGGAGCUCGGGAAACUGUUUCCAUGGAUGCCAUCUCUGGGGAAAGGGAAUAAAACAAGAGAGACUAGGUUGCAAGGGCCUUUAGGAUACCAAACUCUAAGCUGAACGGUGCGUCUGUUUUUCUAGUGAUUUUCAUAAUUUAUUCUCUUCUGGAUAUGCAGUUCAACAGAAUCCUAUACAACAAGUGACCAUUGCCCAUGUGUUCUACGUAAAAGGAAGACUGCUUCUCGAUGAUGGCCUGUUUAACAAAGUCUGCAAACAGAGAAACUAUAUGUUGAUAAAACAGAAUGGAAUUCAGGUAAAUGUUUUUUUGAGAUGAAGCAUUGCUGAUGAUGCUUAAUGCGUUUCAGAAUCCAAAAUGAGAGCAAUGUACACAACCUUCAUUUCUAUAUAGAAAAAAUUUGUUUGUUGUAUUUGUAUCAUUUUGAUGGGCUGGGCCUCUUCCUUUUUGUGGGUCUUUUUCUGGGUCUUUUUAUAUAUUUACACCCAACAUUCAAAGUUGCUGCGACUUGUGAUUGAUUGUAUCGAUUGGGAAGAUAUUUUUAUUUAAACACCAACGUUCGAUUGGUUCCAACAAUCGAACGUUCGGUGGUUGAACC